AUGGAAGGAAAAAAAAAACGCCCUUUAUUUUUUCUCCUAGUUUUAUUAUUGUCACACAAGGCGAAUAAUGUAUUAUUCGAACGAAUGAAGGGAAUCCUUUUACUAGAAUGCGAAAAUGAAUACGUGAAAAAUGAAAAUGGUUAUAAAUUAGCUACAGGACAUCAUUAUAUGGACAAUGAUCAAAUAGAACGAUGGUUACAAGGAACUGAUAGAAGCAGAAGAGUGAAGAUUGAGGAAAAUGUAAAAUAUAAAUAUAACGUAGAGGAACUAAAUACAAAAUAUGAACAAACGAAAGGAAAAAGAAUUAAUCGCAUUUUGAAGGAAUCCACUUACGAGGCGCAAAAUGUUGCAGACAACAAUUAUAUAGAUGAUAAAGCAAAUGGAGAAUAUAAAACUGAUAAUAAAACUAAUAAGGGGGAAGGUGCAAGGAAUAUGGUCAUGUUGGAUUAUGAUAUAUCUGGCAGUGGCCACCCAGAUGGGAUCAUUGAUAAUGUUGUUGAAUUGGGAACUGAGGAUGAGGGGAAUUUUCUUGAAAAUUCCUCAAAAGGCGGUGACCAUCCUUAUCGUAUGAAUCGGAAGGAAAGAAUGUGUAGUGGUGUUAUUAAUCAAACUUUUCUUCAGAAGAAUGUAAUGAGGAGGUGUAAUAAUAAGAGAAAACGCGGGGCAAGAGAUUGGGACUGUCCAACUAAGAAGGAUGUUUGUAUACCAGAUCGAAGAUAUCAAUUAUGUAUGAAGGAACUUACGAAUUUGGUAAAUAAUACAAAGACACAUUCUCAUAAUGAUAUAACAUUUCUGAAAUUAAAUUUGAAAGAGAAACUUACUUAUGAUGCUGCUGUGGAGGGCGAUUUAUUAUUAAAGAAGUAUAACAACGUAUAUAGCGAAGACUUAUGUAAGGAUAUUAAAUGGAGUUUGGAGGAUUUUGGAGAUAUAAUUAUGGGAACUGAUAUGGAAGGUAUUGGGUAUUCCCAAGUAGUGGAAAAUAAUUUGCGCAGCAUCUUUGGAACUGGUACAAGUGCCCAACUGGAUCGUAAGAAAUGGUGGAAUGAUCAUAAAAAAUAUAUUUGGGAAGCAACGAUUUUAUCAGUUAAAAAAAAAUUAAAUGGGUAUUCUGCAUGGAAUUGUAAAGAAGAUGUUCAGAUAAACGUGGAACCACAGAUAUAUAGAUGGAUUCGAGAAUGGGGAAUGGAUUAUAUGUCAGAAUUACCCAAAGAACAACGGAAAAUAAAAGAAAAAUGCGAUAGGAAAUUAUACUAUACUAAUUUAAGAAUAUGUACGAUGUCUCCAUGCAAUGAUUCCUGUAAAUUAUAUGAUCAAUGGAUAACAAGGAAAAAAAAACAGUGGGAUGUUUUGUCAACAAAAUUUUCAAGUGUAAAAAAGGGGCAAAUAAUCGAGACGGAAAAUAUCACAACAGCAUAUGAUAUACUAAAACAGGAAUUAAAUGGAUUUAAUGAAGUGAUGUUUGAGAAUGAAAUUAACAAACGUGAUAAUGUCUAUAUUGAUAUAUGCCUUUGUGCCGCUGAUGAGCCUAACAAAAAUACUCAGGAACACUUGAAAAAGUUAAAGAGUGCUCCUAAAUUAGAGACACAGAGAUCGCAUUCCACCAUUCAACCUAUGAGCAGUAGUGGGGCAGAGAAGGUUCAAGGGGAUUUGGCGCAUGGGAAUAUUAACGAUGCGGCAUAUAAGUCUACCACAGAUGAAGCUGCUAAGGGGGAUGGUCAAAAUGGAAAUCAGACAGUUGCAGAAAGCAACAUAAAGGGAACUGAUAAUAUUGAAAAUGAGGCUGCCAAAAAUGUUGAUACGUAUAAAUUCGUAACUGAAAGGAGUGCUGACACUAGGGGCGCUACAGAUAUUACAGAAACGGGGGAGGAGAAAUUGAACACAUCAUAUAGUGGAUCUUCUGAGAUUACCGUUAAGGAAAACAUCCCAGGUGAUGGUAUUGUUAAGGAUGUAUCUGCAGCUGUAGAAAAUAGUGAAAACCCAUUGGAAACGAAGCAUAAAAUUUUUGAGCCUUCCAAAGAUAACAGUGAUAACAGUGAAAACAGUGGAUCCAUGGAAUUUAAGGCAACCAGUUCGAAUCCGAUAACUGAGGCUGUAGAAAGUAGUAGCGCGGAGGGGCAGGUUCAGGAGGAUUCUGCACACAGAAGUGUUAACACUGGCAGGGAUAACUCUACAAUAAGUGCAGCUACUUCCGAUGAUGGCCUUUCCUCUGGUGAUAAACGUGUUGAAAGUCUUACUUCCAUUGAGAAUGCUGAUGAUGGCGGUGAUCCUGUGCAAGGUUCUUUAUGGAACCUGCUGAAUGAUCCAUCAGUUGGUGCUGGAGGAGGAAAAUCUCACAUUAAAACAGAGGAGAAUGAAGGAAGCCAGGCUGAAAUAGAUGGAAAAAAUGUAGACAUUGCCGAACAGAGAACUGCGACCAUCACUGAAGUGCAGCCUGAGCGACCUGAUCUUUCUGAUACUGAUAAUGGUAAUGUUCCUCGAUCUGGCAAUAAGCAAAAUGAGGGUGCAACUGCGUUGAGUGGAGCUGAAAGUUUGGAAUCAAACGAAAGUGUACAUAAAACUAUUGAUAAUACAACUCACGGUUUAGAAAAUAAAAAUGGAGGAAACGAAAAGGAUUUUCAAAAGCAUGAUUUUAUGAAUAAUGACAUGUUGAAUGAUCAAACAAGUUCAGAUCAAACAAGUUCUGAUCAAACAAGUUCAAAUCAAACAAGUUCUGAUCAAACAAGUUCAAAUCAAACAAGUUCUGAUCAAACAAGUUCUGAUCAAAUAAGUUCAGACCAAACAAGUUCAGAUCAAACAAGUUCAAAUCAAACAAGUUCUGAUCAAACUAUAGAUACAGAAGAACAUCACAGGGAUAAUGUCAGAAAUCCUGAAAUAAAGAGUUCGGAAGAUAUGAGUAAAGGGGAUUUUAUGAGAAAUUCAAAUAGUAACGAGUUAUAUAGUCAUAAUAAUUUGAAUAAUCGUAAAUUAAAUAUAGACCAAUACGAACACAGAGAUGUCAAAGCAACAAGGGAAAAAAUUAUCCUUAUGUCUGAAGUAAACAAAUGCAAUAAUAGGGCAUCCUUAAAAUACUGUAACACUAUAGAAGACAGAAUGUUAUCGAGCACUUGUUCAAGGGAGAGGAGUAAAAAUUUAUGUUGUUCAAUAUCGGAUUUUUGUUUGAAUUAUUUUGAGCUCUAUUCUUAUGAAUUUUAUAAUUGCAUGAAAAAGGAAUUUGAAGAUUCAUCAUACGAGUGCUUUACAAAAGGAAGCUCCACAGGCAUAGUUUAUUUUGCCACGGGGGGAGCGUUUCUGAUAAUACUGCUACUAUUUGUCUCAAAGAAUGUUGCCUCGAAUGAUUCGUACAGUUAUGAAGAGGAAGCUACAUUUGAUGAGUUCGUGGAAUACUCUGAUGAUAUUCACAGAACCCCUCUAAUGCCUGACGAUAUUGAGCACAUGCUACAAUUAUCCCCCCUGGAUUAUUCAUAA